AGCUUGGGAGACAAUCACCAAGAAAUUCAAUGCAGUGCAUCCCUUCGCUGAGAAAAAAAACUUCACUGCAGCUGAAGAGAGCCUGGGGAUACCUCAGAAAUAAGGUGAAGGUGGAAUAUGCAAGUUAUACGAAGAAAAAGUUUGCAACUGGAGGUGGUCCUCCACCUUCACCACCCAAAUUAAGUCCUUUGUUGGAGGCAACGGCAAAUCUGAUUUCAGAGGAACUUGAAUUGGCAGAGUUCCAGUAUGACAGUUCCUGUCGUGAUGUGCCUCUGCCAACAAAUCCAUUACCUGAGGCACCCAAAUCACCGUCACCUCAGCCACCCAAAUCACCGUCACCUCAGCCUUUACAUCCAUCGUCACCUUUACUGGUCUUGCAUGAAGAAGAUUAUGAGUGGAUAGAAGAUGGCCCUCCCCCCCUGGAAGCAGUGCCACUGCCACCACCAUCUACAAUGGGUAGCUGCAGUGCAGAACCAGCUAUCCCAGGUCCUUCUAAGAAAGCAGACUGUGGGCAGCAAAAGACUAUACCAAAUACGUCUGCCAAUAGAAAGAGGAAAAGGGUGCAAGAAAGAGAUAAUGUGUUUAACUCCAUUAGAGAAGAAAACUCAAAUUUAAAGAAAAGAUCCCUUCAAAUAAUGGAGGAAAAACAUGUUAAAGAACUGGAAGUUCUUGAGUGUUCAAAAUAUGUGCAACACUGUUAAUCAGUUUUUUCAAAACUCGUCACUGACUAUGAUAAGAUUUUCAAAAAGUAGACACACACACACACACACACACACACACACACACACACACACACACACACACACACACACACACACACACACACACACACACACACACACACACACACACA